ACACCAACUCCUUCACAAUAAAAGCAUGCAGAUGAUGCUGAAUUUCUGAGUGAUGGAAUUCAGCUGGUUCUGGUGGUUCUGCUCACCAGAUGAACAGAACCACCAGGUUGAUGUUCUGUGUUGUCUCUCAGAUGUCUAAGCAGUUAGUUUGAGACGGAUCUAAGAAUCAGCAGAACCAGCAGGUUCUGCUGAUUCUUCAAGCAUCAAGUUUGAUUCUUCAGAGUUUGGCUCACACAGACGGGUCGAGGAGUUCUGACGGUUCUGUUGGUAAAAGUGGAGGGAAUGAAGCAAACAUCUGGAUUAAAAUGUUGUCUCUGUCCGUUUCCAACCCGGAGGCGGAUCCAGAGUCAGUCAGAGAAGUUGGCGACUGCUAUGCAGUGACCAGGUUGCCACGACGACAUGGUGAACUCAGAGCGGCCGCAGCUAAAAAUAGCAUCAGGCUGCUGAAAGCCGAUCUGAUUGUGGAGACGGAGGCGCCUUUGCUUCGUCUGAUCUGGAUGCAUUUGGGUCGGACCGGUGACAGAUCACCACCAGAUUACCCAGCAGGAGAUGAAUGGAUCCUGGACCUGCUCCAUCUUCAGAACCAGGCUGUAGUCAAGGUUCUGCUGCCAUCAUCAUCAUCAUCAUCAUCACCUGACUUCUCCUCAGAGGAUGUCAGGAAACGUGUCAUCUCUGGCUCCACCCACCAGUGCGUCACCGCCACCUCCUCUCAACGUCUCCCAGUAUCCUCUCCUCACCGACUGGGAGCCUCCCAGUUUCACGCGAGCUGCUCAGUUCCGGGUCGGCGCCACCUCAGUGCUCUUCCUGUUCGCCGCCUGCAGCAACCUGGCGCUGCUGGCCAGCGUGUGGUGCGGCCGCGGCCGCCGGCUGUCGUCUCACCUGCGGCCUUUGAUGCUGAGCCUGGCGGUGGCGGACCUGAUGAUGACGUUUGUGGUGAUGCCUCUGGAUGCGGCGUGGAACAUCACAGUGCAGUGGUACGGCGGAGAGGCGCUCUGCAAGCUGCUCUGCUUCCUGAAACUGUUCGCCAUGCACGCCGCCGCUUUUAUCCUGGUCGUCAUCAGCUUGGACCGCCAUUACGCCAUCCUGCACCCUCUGGACGCCCUGAGCGCACACCACAGGAACCGCUGUAUGCUGCUGCUGGCCUGGAGUCUGAGCCUGCUGCUGGCUUCCCCACAGCAGGUGAGUCGCCCCUGCGGCGCAGCGGCACCGACCUCAUCCCCAAGGCGCGGAUGAAGACACUGAAGAUGACGGUGGUGAUUGUGCUGUCCUUCGUCGUGUGCUGGACACCGUACUACCUGCUGGGGAUCUGGUACUGGUUCCAGCCCGACAUGUUGCGGGUCACGCCCGAGUACGUCCACCACGCCCUAUUCGUGUUCGGGAACCUGAACACCUGCUGCGACCCCGUCAUCUACGGCUUCUACACGCCAUCGUUCCGCGCCGACCUGGCCGCCUUCUGCCGCCGGACGAGGAGCCACACUAAGCCGCGCUCGCCAUCCGUCAGGCCGGGUCCGCACAGCGGAGAGGACAAGGCGCAGCCUGGCCCCGCCCACCAGGGAAACCAGGCGGCGCCUCGCUGACCAAUCACAGGCCAGAAUUGAACCACGGGACGUUUUCUGCUUCUCUGGUUUUAUUCCUUCGUGUUUGGAGGUUUCUCAGUUUCUCUGCAGCAGAUUGAAUCUGAAUAAAAUGUCUUUCUGAUUCUGA